CUGUCAAGGUUGUGACGCUAACGUAUCAAGUAAUAUACCCUGACAGAAAUUGAUGGUGCACUCUAAAAAGGCCUUUUUUGCUCCAGUCCUCCGAAUUGAUAGGGCGUGUAGCGCGGCCGGUACAUAACGUGUCCCUUUUUUGAGUUGCACCACUCGAUAUCGGGUGAGUUACGCAAAGAAUCGAUGCCAAAAACGUGUGAAAACUAACUGCCUCCAUUUGUAUGGAAUCAAUCUUUUGAAGAAAACGGUAAACCACAUGUUCUAGCAAUGGAUGUGCAGCGGUGUGUGUUUUGCUAGAUAACGCAACGACUGUGUUGUUGUUUAUUUUCUUCACAACACGAUCGUUUCUUGUGCUUAAUGUCAAAUAAGAAUCGGAUUAUUUGGCCGUGUCCUUCCAAAAAACCAAAAUAUGGCCAUUGUAACAUGAAUCAAACUUGGAAUUUGUUUCGUUCCAUCCGUUGAUAGUUUCAGAAAUCACUGCAAUUUUUCAUUUUUUAUUCGUGGCAGCUAUUAAGAUUAACUAUUUAUGGAUGACGUUAGUGUUUUUAUUCAAAGAAUUAUAGUGGCCAGUAAAACCUUAAUCCAGCAGGCAAAAUCGUUUGAAAGCGUUCAUAAAAAAAAAAAUCGUUAGAACGUCAAGGAUACUUGCCGCAAAGAACCGAGCGAGGUAAGAAAAAUUGUGCCACCAUAAAACUUCUUUUAUCGUACGUAAUCUUUGUAUCUGUACGGAAUGACUGUACAAAAGCUAUUAAGACCAGAACGAAGGUAAGCCUUUCUAUUGAGUACCAAAGGCAGGGAUGGCAAUAAGACCACAGGCGACGCAGAAGGCUUCAUCGUUGAAUCAAAGGCCAUACCACGUAUAUGUUCAGUCCAAUCUUUUUCUGUGAGCUCGUAAUAGGCAGUGGUCCUGCCGAUCUUGAUCUAUCAAUAACGUGGAGAGGGUCGAAAAGGAUUUUUUUCUAGCUUGAGUACACGACGAGUGAUAUAGCUAGGGUAUAAUGGCAGCCCGGGCUGUAACAAUAAAUCUAGGGGUACCUAGCCAAGAUAUUUAUCUUUUUCUGUUGCUUUUCAGUCAGUCGUUAAUGGCAAUUUUAUAGAAAAUAGUGAACACACUAUUGGCCGAAUAAUAAAGCAAGCUCCCGUCAGCUAUUUUUCUAGAUUAGGGGAAUUGGCAAAUGGAUUUCUUCCUAGACUGUAUGUAGUUUAUGCUUUUUUUUGUAUGAGGUAAUUUAGCCCGUUCUUUAUUUUGGCAGUCAUUCUCCUGUCCAAUAGGUAAUACUCAAUGAACCCGACACGAUUUAUGCUUAAUACCUCUUACUCCUUGGCGUUGAUUGCUUCCUACCCAGUAACCCUGCAGCUUGUUGCCUUUCAUUAUCGCACGAAGAAAUCUCGACGAGUCUUUGUCAUCUCAAUUUGUUUUGAUUUCUUCAGCUAUUGAUUUCAGAUUUAUCUGAACUCUAGUUGUCAUACUCGUUUUCUUGUGUCUACGUUUGUAACUUACGGAUAUCGCAGGAAGCCAUUCAACUCGCUGUGCUCGUCAGUCGUCUGUCUACCGUGAGAUAGAUUUCAUUUCCUGUGUCCGUGCGUACGGAAGUGAGAGCAAUGAAACAACGUAAGCGAAUUCGAACAGGAAAAAAAAAGAAGCGUCGACCUUAAGCUGCCCAUAUUGUCGGCUUGUUACCAUAGUGCACGUAUAACUUAUUUCGAUUGCUCAAAUUCAUAUAUCGCUUACGAGCGUCCGGUGAUUGGAAACACCCGUUCAACUUGGAACAUCUCGUGGCCCCUAUCGAUUUGGCCAUCAGUAUAAACCUUGCGUGGGUCUGUUCCUGACACAUUGGUUGGUCGAUAUUUGCCAUUGUCAAGGAUCGUCUUCUUUUAUUUCUUACCUUCCGCAUUUCUUUCGGGUUGGCUGUCGGAUCGUGAGUGUGGCAACGAAGGUCUUUCGUGCUCUCAAUGGAAGCUAUUUUCGAUGGUGUACGUGGCGGUUGCGGUUUGUGGACGUUACUUCUGCGACUUUCUGACCGGCAUCGACAACAUCCAUUUGCAAAUGAGAUACAUGUAUCCAAAAAUGGUUUCUCCUAGUAUGUACAUCUCGCACGAAGAUGCAGAUGGUGUUCUGCUUCACUACCGAACAACACGCAACGGCUUCUGUCCUUACUUAAUUGGUCAGCUGCAUCAGAUUGCCAACGAUUUCUACGGGAUCCCAUUGACGGUAGAAGAACUACCAAACACGCCUUUCAGCCAAGAGGAAUCCUAUCAGUUUCGUUUUCGACUUAACUUCGAUAACCGAGACUAUAUGGCUGGUCGAGCGGCCUGUAAUGGCUCGCUGGAACUGGGUCGAAUAAAUAUUUCGAAUCGAGGAUCAGUCAAAACAAUAGCUUCGGAAAAGGCGCUGUCGUCGCUAUCGUCUAGCAUCCUGAUGCAGCUAUUUCCCUUCACGUUGGUCUUCCGUCCGAAUCUCGAGAUCAUAUCGGCCGGACGUCAGUUGAAGAACAUGUUUCCGGGCGAUAUGCUGAUUGGCCAACCGUUGCCUGAUGUUGCCAGAAUUCGCCGACCGAAGCUCCUUUUUACAUGGGACAAUUUGUACAGCCUUCAAAAAGUUCUCUGUGAAAUGGAGAUAUUGCCUGCAAGUCAAAUAGAAAGGAAAAACACGCGCCACUUGGCUCCCGAAAGAGCGGACGCAGUGGCCCAUAGAGGAGCGAAAGAGGAAAGCCGACGUCUCUUGCUGCAAGGACAGUUGCGCUAUCUAUCGGAUUGGGACGCAAUGAUUUUCCUGUGCAAUCCACUAAUCAACAAUUUGGAAGACAUGGAUGGAAUGGGCUUGACAAUUAAUGAUCUUAGCCUUCACGGACAUGGUCGAGACAUGGUUAUGGCCGGUUGGCAGCAUAAUUCACGGCUGGAAGAUUUGUACGAGAGAGCAGAGGAGCGAUCGCAACAGCUUCAACAAACGUACGAGUUGCAAGACGAAUGGAAAAAGCGCGGAGACAAAUUAUUGUAUUCCAUGAUCCCGCAAUCGGUAGCCGACAGUUUGCGCAGUGGCACUGAUCCAGUAAACACGUGUCAGGGCACAAGAAUCCUUUGUGCUUUCGAAAGUAUCACGGUCUUGUUCGUUGAAUUAGCAAACAUCGAUGAAAUCACAGCCACCAGUCCCAUGGAGGCGGUUAGUUGCAUGAACUCUGUCUUCUCCUGCUUUGAUAACAUAAUCGACCAACACAGCGUCUACAAGGUGGAGACUGUGGGUAAAGUGUACAUGGUGGUCGGUGGCGCACCGGAAACGAAUGAGACUCACGUGCGCGAUGUGGCUUUGGUGGCACUGAGCUUUCGUGACGAAAUCGAAAAAAUCGUGAACAGUUCAGAAAUGUCUGUACACAUUCGCAUAGGUUUUCAUACCGGAUCGGCGGUCGCUGGUGUCGUUGGAAGAAAGAUGCCUCGCUAUUGUUUUUUUGGCGACACAAUCAACACUGCGGCUCGCAUGCAAACAACCAGUUUGCCGGGGAAGAUCCACAUCUCUCACAACUCCUUUUGUCGUUUGCAGAAGUUGGAUGGAUUUGUCUGCGAGUUGCGUGGAACGGUGCUUGUUAAGGGUAAAGGAGAGAUGAAUACCCACUGGUUGCUGAGAUACGAACUGCCGUCCAUUGAAGAACCGAAAUGAUUUCCACUAAUCUUGUCGGUUUUCUUCCGCAUCAAUACGUCCAUUUCACACUGAUCUGCAUUACAAUAGAAAGAUCGAUCUCAAAACUACAGGUCGGCUAAGCGUAGACAACUUUUGGCAAUGUUUAGACGAGCACCAAACACAUCUUGAUCUUGUUAACAAAAUUUACGUUGGUUUCCAACGUGAACCAAGACACAAAAUACCAAUCGCAUUGUUUUAAAAAAGACAAACAAAAACUUAAGACAUCGACAUGAUUCUAGCCAUGUAUUUUUAUUACUAGUGAUGUGUUACAGUCAUCCUAUUUAUCGUAUGUUAAUAACCAAUAAAAAAAACUUGCGCACA